UCCCCAUUGAUAAUAAAGGCUUGAGUGCAACUUAGCCAAGGUCUUAUUCAAGCCCAUUAAUAGUGACUUUCCAAAAGUUCUUUUUAUUAUCUCUCCCAUCCUUUUUCCCAUACUGCCAUACAUGAGAAAAAAUGGACGGUUGAUGGAAUCUGAAGGAGAACAUCAAAUCCCUUUUUUAUCUCUAUCUUUCUCGAUCUCUCCCUCUCCAUCUUCUUCUUCUUCUUCUUCUUCUUCAAAACAAAUUGCAUAGGAAGAGGGACACACUAGUAGUGGUAGAUCUCUAGAGAGAAUAAUAGCGUGAGUUGGAUGAUUGUUGGAUGGUCUAUUUUGUGUCCAUAAAUACCCAUCUGAUAGAACAAACCAUUUCCAUUUUCUGCAACUCUCCUGUGCAGAACUAUACCAAAGAAUCGUGUGAAUUCAACCAGAGGAGAAAAAGAAAAAGAAAAAAUUGUUGUUUCCACCCUUGUUUAUCUACUUCUCCUAAGUUUCCUUACCAGCUUUCAACCACGGAGUUUCCGAAUCAAGCCUCGGAGGGGUCUUCCCAAAGAAAAAUGGGAAGAGGGAAGAUCGAAAUUAAGCGGAUCGAGAACACCACUAAUCGACAAGUCACCUUCUGUAAGCGCCGCAACGGCUUGCUCAAAAAGGCCUAUGAAUUAUCGGUCUUAUGUGAUGCAGAAGUUGCUCUCAUCGUCUUCUCCAGCCGUGGCCGCCUCUAUGAAUAUGCUAACAACAGGUUAAUUUCCUUAAUUUCUUUCCCCCUCCCCCCCACCAUCUCUCAUCCCUAAGAUCCUCUACACUGAAGGCUUUAUAUAUAUGUUCUUGCAAAUCUCUAAUUUGUUUGCCUUUACUGAGGAAUAGCCAUGAUUUCUUUCUGCAUAUUGGUGCUUAAUUACAUGUCUAGAUUUCGGUUUUUGUGAUAGAUUUUAAUGGGUUUUUGGACUGAUCAGAACACAAUCAUUCUUCUUUCGCAGUUAAGAUU